UCUGAUUGGCUGCCCGUGGCGCGAGGGCUCCUCGCCCUCCUGGAAGUGGGCGGGGCGUCUCGCGCGCUCUGUCUGCCUUCAUUAUAUAUGCAUUUUUUUUUCCUCCCAGUCAAAAGGAAGCUGCCAAAAAGACAAGCAGCAUGUCUGGAGGUCGGGUUAAGAAAGUGAAGAUGGCCACCAAGUCCUGCCCAGAAUGUGACCAGCAGGUUCCUGUUGCAUGUAAAUCUUGUCCGUGUGGUUAUAUAUUUAUUAGUCGAAAACUCUUGAACGCUAAACGCUCGGAAAGGCUGCCUCCCACUGCAGAAAUCAGAAACGAGGCGAAGAGAAGACGGACAGAAAGGGUCAGAAGGGAGAGGAUAAACUCUGUGGUCAAUAAAGACUUAGAAAACCGAAGAAGAGCCCGGUCCAACAGCCAUUCGGAUCACAGCAGAAGAGGAAGAGGGAGGCCAAAGAAUGCCACCGCGAAAAAGCACGAAGAAGAAAGAGAAAAACAAGAAAAAGAAAUAGACAUGUAUGCAAACCUGUCUGACGAAAAGGCAUUUGUAUUUUCGGUAGCCUUGGCAGAAAUAAACAGAAAAAUUAUCAACCAGAGGCUUAUCCUGUGAUGGCCGGGGCAGGAAUUCUGCAUGCCUUGCUGUUUAAUUCAGGGGGUGACUUUGGGACGUAUGGCGGCCUCGUGACCGUUCUGUUGGGUCGCCUGCAUCAGAGGAAGCCAUGCGUUUUUCCUGGCGGAUCCUCUGACCCACUUGCUCUUUCGUUUCGAGAUGUUUUGGGAGACGGCGGACUUGGUGUUCCAGCUUGUGUGGUCAGGAAGCAAAAUGACCAACACUUUCCGCGAGAAAGAGAAGAAGCUCAAAGGCAACAUCCUACAAAGACGGCUUCUGGAAGAACUUGGCAGAGAUUUCUGUUUCUUUUGACACUUCUGGCAUUGAAAUGCAAUAUUUUAAUUAACUUAAAUGUCUUUCACAGCAUUGAUUCCAGAUUUGCAGCUUACGUUGAAGCUUACCUGUGUAUAUAGUUCGACUAACCCUUUUAAUAAAUCAAUAUUCGGUUAUUUUAUUACAA